GCAGAAAAGUCAUUCGAGUCUGAUUUUGGAUUUGGAACGGAGAGAUUGGAGUUGUGUCGAAUAAUCUGAAAUUUUUACAGAAAUCUUUUUAGUUAUUAAUUUAUUAAAACCCAUUUUUAAAUUUUAGUGUUAUGUUUUGUUAGUCUGUAAUAUUAUUUCUAAAUUUUGGUUGGUUUAUUAUAAGCAAAAUAUUAGUUAUAUCGAAUCGGUAAAGGACGUUCUUUGGGCGUAAAAAGAAAAUGGCGUGUGCUACACUCAAAAGAAAUUUGGACUGGGAGUCAUCAGCGCAGCUGCCAUCAAAGAGACGAAGAUGUGCUUUAAUUGCUGCAAGCUCGAGUACAAGUCCUGGAAUAAAAAUGUCGGACACUAAAAGUUCUGUAUUUGGAGAGACCGUUAGUGCACCUGUAAAAUUGACCCCAGAGCGCAUGGCCCAAGAGAUCUAUGAUGAGAUCAAACGGCUUCACCGACGCCGGCAGUUGCGGUUCGCGUCAGGCGUUGCUGCGUCGUGCUCGUCGUCCAGUGGUAGCGAGGGCGAUGCAUCGCCGCCUCAUCACUCGCACGCUACUCAAGGACAGAAGAUGCAUCACAGGGCAUUGUUCACUUUCAAACAGGUGCGUAUCAUUUGCGAGCGCAUGCUUCGCGAACAGGAGGCUGCCUUGCGUGCAGAAUAUGAUUCUGUUCUAAGCAACAAACUCGCUGAGCAGUAUGAGGCUUUUGUGCGUUUCAACAUUGAUCAGGUACAGCGUCGACCUCCUCCUAACACAUGCAUGCCUCUUGGAAUGGAUGCUGAGCAUAUGCAUCAGGAUCUCGUACCCAGCUAUCUGUCCUAAUAACAAAAGAAGGUGGCUUGCAGCAUUACACUGCAAAAUAUCAAGACAAACAUAUUUUGGUAUAUGUGAAUAUUAUAUGCGGGAAAAAUAUAGAGUAUCCUAAUGAUGGAUAUGUACAUUGUGAGUGGAAUUUAACUGUGACCAAUAUUGGGAAACAUUGCUUGUUACAUGUCCAUACAGUAUUAAAUAUUCCUUACAGUUGUUAUAUAAAGGUUAGCCAAUAUAUUCAUGGUUUUCUACAAUACCUAUUUUCCCAAAAUAUCCACAAUAUUGACACAGAUAAGUUCCAUGGAAUGGUCAUGCCACAUAAACAUAAAUUAGCUUAUAAUGCUUAGUUAAGAUUUGCUGCAUAAUUGUGUUCAUAGACUGAGAGGAUUCACGGGGUUUGUAUGAGGUGACAUGGCUGUAAUUAUGAGGAUUUGUUUGACCAUACUAAUAACUGGUUCGUUUGGUAUGCAGCCACGAUGGAACCAAAUAUAAACUGAUUAUGUUUUCUAAUAUGACAGAUACUAUAGAUAGACUAGUAUAUCUAAUAACACAAAUAAAUUCACACAGAGUGCCUGUUAAGAAUCAUUCUCAUGUGUUGAUUGCGAAUUAGUUAGCCAUAAUUUUGAUUUGUUUAAUUAUUUUUACUUUACUUUUAGCGUUGUCGAAAUAUAGUUGUAGUAUAUAAAUUAUAAUUUUUAUUUCUUUUGUCAAAUCCUGCUGUGUUUAGGUAACACAGGAUGUAUUUUGACAAAAUGUCCUUGUAUCAGACUAUUUGAUAAUAAUCUUUCCUUUACUCUUACAAUAGUGUAUCUAAAUAUAUGAAAUUAGUUCUCAUAUAGAAAUUUUUCGAAAAAUAAUCUUAUUACUGAUACAAAAGGGCUAAUUAGAUAGUUAGUUUUAUUUAAUUUUUUAAGUUAUUUUUUUCUCACUUAUGUAUUGUGAUUUCACAAUUACUUAUUGAGUUCUCUUUUUGAGCACCAUUGGGCUUUCAUUUAAUAAAUUGAGUUAAUAUUUUUUAUUGAAUAUGAACAGGAUAUAAUUUGUUACCAUGCAUUUUUCAAUAAAAAAAUUAGGAUAGGUCUUUUUUAAAUUGUAUUAUCAGCUCAUUAUUAGUAGGUUAUUGGCGUUUAAGAACUGAAAAUAAAUUAGCUAAACACCACUA